AUGGUCAACAGAACGACGUUGGAGAAUCUAAAGUAUCAGAAAUGGACGGAUGAAGUCAAGAAGGAUGAAAGCCACGCUGAGCAACCGUGUCCCAACUUUACACGUGACGGCAAAAACGUGUUUCACAAAAAUAUCUGGAGCAACUGGUGUGAGGUCAUGGGCAACCAACCGCUGUAUUGGUUCCUGCCUAUUGCUGCCCCGUUUUAUAGAGAUGGGAUUCACUUUGUACAUAAUGAAACAAUUUUGGCUCAAUAUCUGCAAGAGAGCCAUAUUUAG